AGACAAAAGCUCUCAAAUCAUCUUCUUCAAGCAGCAUCAAGCAGCAUGGGGGGCCGACAGCACACUUCGGGCGUAGUGUUCGCCAUUUUCUUCUUCAUCGGCAUCGGAUCUUCACUGCCAUGGAACGUGUUCAUCACGGCGCAGGCAUAUUUCCAGCGCCGCUUGCAGGGAACUACGUACGAGGACUCGUUUCUCAACUGGUUCAGUAUGGCCUUCAACUUCAGCACGCUCAUGACGAUGCUUAUUCGCACAGCGGUCAUCGCUGAGCGCAUGGCAGGCGCUGUACGCACCGUAAUUUUCGCGCUCAUCGUCAUCAUGGGUGUCAUGUUCAUGCAUUGCGCCUGGACGCGCAUGCCCGAGUUCCACGGCUACUCGUUCUUCCACACGACAAUGGUGAGCAUCUUGCUCGUUGCCUGCGCCUCAACGCUAAUGCAGGAAGGACUACUGCGCAUUGUGGCGACCUUCCCGCCUCAGUACACACAGGCAGUGGUUAGUGGCCAGAGUUUCGCUGGGUUGGCGGUGUCGCUGUCGAACUUCGUUAUUCUGUGGGCGGGGCAAGAUGAUACCAGGCUUCUCCACAGUCUACACGCUAAUGCAGACCUGUGCGGAUUCCUGUACUUCGUGCUGGUGUUUAUUACGCUGGUGCUGUGUCUACUGGCGUUCGCGAUCCUUACGCGGAUGACGCUCUUCCGCCACUACCAGAGUGUCGACCACCCAGGACAUCAUCAGAAGGAAUAUUUUGAUGAUGCAUCCAGUGAGACUGAUACGGUCGAUACACUGGACGCUUCACCGCGAAAGCGCCUGCUGGAAGAAGACGACGAAGCAGCAGCUUCGAACAAGGUGGACAUGAUGGAGGUCGCCUUCAAGAUCCGAUUCUACGCUGCCGCAACCUUCUUUGUCUUCGUUAUCACGAUGGGAGUCUUCCCUGGAAUCACGUCGGCGAUCAAGUCCACACAGCCGGAGAAGAGCAUCUUCUUCGACAAGCUGUUCACGCCGUUCACGCUUAUCCUAUUCAACGCAUCGGAUUUUGUGGCGCGUUUGUCGGCGUCGAGGUGGCCCGAGCUGGGACAGAAGAAAGUAUUGCUGGCCAGUCUAGCUCGAUUUAUCUUCUUCCCACUUCUGAUGCUCUGCAACCUGCAGAACAAGUCGCACGAGGUGAUCACGACGGUGGUCUUCCGCAGCGACGUGCUAGCCAUGUUGUUCAUGGCCGCUUGCGCCUUCUCCAACGGACUGCUGUGUACAUUGGCAUUUAUGGAGUACCCGGAUCUGCUCCGUAGAAACGCCGAGAAAGAGUUAGGUGGCAGUGUCAUCUUCUUCGUGCUGUCCAUCGGUCUUACGGCCGGCUCGCUCAUGUCCUUCGUGUUGCGCGCGAUGUUGAAGCCAUGAAAUGGAGCAAACAUUAUACACAUGGAUACACCCAAACUACACAAAAUAACAAUCUUAAUUUUGAUGUUAAUUUCGGCACUA